GGAACAUUCAUUUGAGAAUCAAGACAGUUGUGACAGUCUAGAAAUGGGGCCCCACUGACUUCCAUCCACCCCAUACCCCAUCAUCAUACGGAAAAUCAAUUGAAAAAUAUGCAUAUCUUUGAAACGAAAGUGAUUAUAUGGUCAAAAGUUUGUGGAGGGCUAUUGUGUAUGUUUCUUCAGUGAGGAUGAAAAGCUGCUUUUGAUGCACUGGAAAGUUGUGGUGCUAUGGAGGGGGGACGGGAGGAGAGGAUUUUGGUGUCGGUUCGCCUACGUGCUCUGAACGACAAGGAGAUUUUGAUAAAUGAUGUUUCGGAAUUCGGAUUGGGAGGGAGUGUCAGUUCCUUUCCUCGCCGCCAUGAUUGUUUCAGAUUCCGAUUCGGCCACCCCAUCGUCCAAUUCUCGCCAAGCCGAUCAAUCGGCCUCUGGCCGUAACCCCGGGCAUACUCAAUCACCCCAGCCGUCGCCGUCGGCCGCGUCUGGCCAUAAACGGCGUCGAUUGAGGAAGCAAUUCCCUUCCUCAACCCCGGUAGAUGAGGGCUCGAGGGUUGGAUUGGACGAAAACAUCAUGGCGCUCUGCCAUUGCCAGAUUACUGACCGGGGGUUCGCCAAUGCUACUGACAUGGUCGGACCUUCCAUUGAAGUCCUGAGACUUACCAGCACCCAAACCGCCCUGGACGCUCCUUCAGGGUUCUUCACGGUCCAUCUGGCGUCUUUGAAGAAGGGGCUGCGCUUCCCACUCCACCCGCUGUUGAUCGAAUUCCUCAACGUGGUGGACCUUCUUCCGUGUCAAUUGGUCCCCAACUCUCACCGAUACAUCGCCGGGCGCCCUUCCUUCCGCCGCAUCCCAUGCCCCCCAUCUGAUGCCACCCUUUUGUCCAUCACUCGCCAACUCUGCAAUAAGGGAGUUAUGAACAUCAAAGAGGUGGUGACAGAGGAAACCCUUGCCGGGUUGGGGUUUGAGUUUGUUCAGGAUGAUCUUCGUCACCAACCCGACCUACUGAGGGACAUUCCCGGGGGGCAUCAGCCUGACCAGCUGAAGGACAUUCCUGAGGAAGGUCUUGACUGUGGUCCUUUUGUGGAAUUACAAGAUUCAGGAGAAGAGAUGGACGGCGAUCUCCUACUCAGUCGCUUCACUGCAGGGAGGAAGAGGAAGAGAGAGGCGAAGGGCCAGGGCAAACGCUCUUCAUCCCACCACGGGGAGAGUCCUUCCCGAGAGCCGGCUGUAAUUGUAGUGGAGGAUCAGGAUGAUGCUACCCUGGAAACGGGUACAAUGACGGGCCAGUCCCCUCCUCACUCUGUGAUGCCGGGUGGCGACCUCGCUGGGUCGUCCCAAGGUGUUGCCUCGGAGCAACCUCCUUCGCCUCCCGCGGUGACCUACGAGGUGGCAACCGGGGGUCGCUCGACGAGGCUUUGCAUUCCUCCUCUGCCCCAAAGCUUAGGGGACGUGCAAUUGGAGACCCUGAUCACCCUGCCCGCGGAGGACCAGGCGCGCAUCUCGGCCGGUUCUGAGGACGACCUUGAUAACAUGGUCCUCUUGAGGCUAAGCCAGGCCACGCUGGGGAUGAUUGAGGUGGUCGGUAGGAGACGGGGCCACCAAGCUGCCUUGGGCGAGGCGUUGAAGACAUCGGAGGCCAGGCAGAAGGAAUUGCAGGAGGAGGUCGCUCGACUCAAAAGGGAGCUGGAGGAGAAGGAAAAUCGCUGCGCGGCGCUCGCUGUGGAGAAAACUUCCCAGGAGAACCGCUGCGUUGCCCUUGAGGCAGACAAGGCCUCCUUGUCCUCGGAGGAAGCGGUGGAAUACUUUAAAUCUUCUCCUGAUUUCACGAUGGUCACGAUGGAGCGGAUGGACGAGCUAACAGCCGCUUGGCUCAAAACUGAUCCUGGGGCUCAAUGGAUGGUCAGGGAGGGGACCAAGUCCUUCAAUUGUGGACUCUUCCGCGCCCAACAGGUCUUCUGCGACAGACUGGCUCAGCUCCCCAAAGGAUUCUCUCUCCCCGACCUCGGCUUUUCCCCUCCUUGCCGUUCCUUGGCCGAGUUCGACCCCAGUCCUUACUUGGACGGAGGGAGCUCAAGCGCGUCUGAAGAAGAGGAAGGUGGACAGGGCGACCAGAACCCCGGGGUCAGCUUAGCCACGGCCCAACUUCUAAUCCCGGCCCGAUUACCUGACCAGGCCCAAUCUCAGGAUUGGCCAGCGUGCCGCCCAACUGACCCAAUGCCUCUUGCAGUCUCUGAUUGGACCUUCGCGCGGCUCAAAGCUGCUUUAUCGGUUCAGCUGCCUUGGGACUUGACCGUCUCUUCGGUUUCUUCACCCGGGCCUAUUUAUAAGCCCCCCUAGCCUUCAUUUUGUUCCAUCACCAAAUAUUUUUCUCUUCUCCAUCUUUGUCAUGUCUGAA